AUGUUCCCUCCACUGUCCGUCACUCUGGGAGCAGCGAUACUCCUGUCCAGCCACGCGACCCAGGCGCUGCAGCUCGACAUCACCCAGGCCCAAUCCAUACGCGAUGCCUCGUCCAACAUUGCCUUCGGGAUGAUGAGCUGGUACACGGGGAACAACACCGGCGACGUUCCAGGAAACCUGCCGGAUCCAUACUACUGGUGGCACGCCGGGGCCAUGUUCAUGACCAUGGUGGACUACGCCUACCUGACGGGCGACGAGACGUACGUGGACGUGACCAAGCAAGCCAUCCUCCACCAAGCGGGCGACACGUGGGACUUCAUGCCGCAGAACCAAACCAAGUCCGAAGGCAACGACGACCAGCUCUUCUGGGCGCUCGCCGCCAUGUCGGCCGCCGAAACCCGCUUCCCGGACCCGUCCAGCGGGCAGGCGUCGUGGGUGGCGCAGGUGCAAAACGUCUUCGAGCUGCAGACCAGCCGGUGGGACGAGACGUCGUGCGGCGGCGGCCUGCGCUGGCAGAUCUUCACCUGGAACAAGGGCUACGACUACAAAAACACAAUCUCCAACGGCGGCCUCUUCCAGCUCGCCGCCCGCCUCGCGCGCUACACCGGCGACGCGAAAUACACCGCCUGGGCCGCCAAGGUCUGGGACUGGUCCGCCUCCGUCCUCUUCCAGCGCGAGACUUCCACCGCCAUCGUCCUCUCCGACGGCGCCACCACCGCCAGCCCGGGCUGCUCCCGCACCGACCCCACGCAGUGGACCUACAUCUACGGCGUCUACCUCGCCGGCGCCGCCUACCUCCACAACCACACCGGCGACCCGCUCUGGGCCGCCCGCGCCGACAAGCUCCUCGCCACCAUCGAGGCCCAGUUCUUCGUCCCGAGCAGCAACGUCCCAGGCCCCGUCAUGGCCGAGACCACGUGCGAGCCCUCGGGCGGAUGCGACAUCGACCAGCAGUCCUUCAAGGCCUACCUCGCCCGCUGGAUGUCCCUCACCGCGCAGCUGGUCCCCGCGACCGCCGACCGCAUCUUCGCGCUGCUGCGGCCCACGGCGCUGGGCGCCGCGCGGCAGUGCUCCGGUGGCGGCGAAGGUCCGCGCAAUGCGCCGGACGCGUGCGGUAGGCGUUGGGAUCAAUCCGCGUACGACGGCACCAGCGGCAUGUGCGAGCAGAUGGCGGCGCUGCAGGCGGUGGCGGGCGUGAUGAUGGUGCCGGAGGUGGGCGCGGGGCUGGCGGCGCCGGCGUCGCUGGUGGAUGGGGGCGCCACGAGCAAGACGAAGGAGGAUGGCGGGGCGGGGGUGGUGGGGGGGAAGGGGGGGCUGCCUGCGGUGUAUACUGAGGUGGUUACCGCGGGGGAUAGGGCGGGGGCGGCGAUCUUGACCAUUUUGUUGUGUGCGGCGACGUUGGGGGUGGGGUAUGCGAUAGUGUGA